UUUCAGCACUUCCAGCUUCAAUGCGGUACAAAUUGGGCUCACUGAGCACUGUCCUUCUAGUAACUUUAAUUUGUUUCACAUUAUUAUACUAUUUUACUUUUACUGGAAAAGAAUACCGACUCAAAUCCCAGGAGGAUGAAUAUUUAUUAGAAUCUCUCAAGUUCAAUAGGAUAAACGCAUUGAAAAUCGCUAAAAAGAACCGAGAGGCACUGAUUAAAUCUUCGAAUUCUCUGAAUUAUACGGAUUUUUUCGAAAAAGUGAAAGUUGAAGCUCAUUGUGAGCAUAAAAUGAGAAUUGGAGGUGAUGGAGAUGGUGGGAAGAGUGUUUGUAAUCCGAAAAUGGUAAAGGAUGAUUGUAAACUACUAUCCUUGGGUCUUCAUGACCAAAUUGAAUAUGACCUGCAUAUUUAUGACGUCACUGGGAGAAAAUGCAAACUUAUCGGUGCAGAUAUUGAUCCACAAAACGCUACAACAAGAGCACUCUAUGAAAAAAUGAAUGGAAAAUUGUUUGUUGGACAAAUCCCAAUACCGCUGUCAAUUCCGUCAAUUCUCCGAAAAAGUGGAGCAAGUGAAGUGGAGCUAUUGAAAAUUGAUAUAGAAGGAGGAGAAUUUAUUGGGUUGGAGCCAUUGAUCAGGGAUUUUUAUGUUUGUCAGAUACUCAUUGAAAUCCACGGAUUUCCUACAAUCCAUCUUGCCUUGCUCAAAAUCAUGUCAAAAUACGGAUUUCGUAUUUUCAACGUGGAACCCAAUCCGCAGUGCUAUUUCUGUUGUGAAUAUAGUUUGAUCAACGAGUUUUGUAUGACUCAAUAUGGAGUUUUCCCGCUCGCCAUUGUUAUUCCGCAAAUGUAAUAAAUUUUUUGAAAUUGUU